UGGCACUCAGACAACAAUUCUGAGCGCUACUCUGCCGGACAGGACACGGUAAAAAAAUAAAAAUAAAACAUAAAAUAGACCUAACAUGCAUAGCUAAUUCUUUAUUCAUGUAAUGUCUUGUGAGAGCGCUCCAGCAGGCCAUGCACAUCAGAGGAAUAAGCUGAUGGGUCAGCUGGAAAAAACAUGCACUGUUUUCCACUUUUUGCAUGAAAUGCAUGUAAUAAAUUUUAACUGCAUUCUUUUUGCCAAGUUUUACUCAUCAGUCAUAAGUGUGACUUAAUCACAGAAAUUAAAGUUUCCAUGUUCUGACUUUUAACUGACUCGGGAAUUUGCCACCAAAGUAAGGCAGAUGCUUUAGUCAGUGUGCAGUCUGUUGUCAUGUGUUAUUUUCAUUUCCCUUUUCGUUUCACUUCUGAACUCUCUAAAAGGAACCAGACGUCUUGCAUUGGUCUUGUGACAGCUCAUUAGCUUUCCAACAGUAACAUGAUUAAAAUGCAGUGAGGGGUUUUCAGGACAAUUUCAUAUUAAUAACUAACAAGGUCUUAGUGGUUUUGUUUACCUUUUUAUUCGCAUUUUGUGUCUCUACUGGUAAAGUAUCCAAACAGAUUGAAAUUACUCAAAACACACUGUAUAUUAAACAUAUAUUAGAACUUAUGUGUAGGUAAUCAAGUGGAAAACGUUUACAGGGAAAUCUCUAAUCUAAACUUUGUUGGCAUUAGUUAUUAUAAAUGUUAAAUUUCCAAUUUGAUUAAAUUAUAUACAUCCUUAUUUUGGGUUUUUUAGACUCCCUGAAUAAAUCCAUUGUGCAAAAUCCUAAUGUGACUGGCUGGUGAAGCAGCAAGUUAUUAAAAUAAAUGUUAUCAUGGAUGAAUAGACAGUUUUGCAUAAACUAUUUUUCUUAUUCAAUGAUAUAAAACAAAAGACAAAUAUAAAGUUCUCAUAGUUACCAAUAAUCAAUUUCAGGCUGUUAAUGUUUACAGGGAUAUCGGCUAAAAGGUAUAUGGAGAGUAAAUGCGAUGGUUCAAAACAGGCUAUUAUCUAAUGAGUUUGUCAUGGUUUUUGAGUAUGUGACUGGUUUCUGGAGGUGUGGCCUUGACUGAGUGGUGCAGUCACACCUGACUGCCAUCAACUCAUCUACUUCAGAAUACUUAAGGAUCUCUCUGGUGGUCAAUUGGUGGUUGAUGGCCAACCACUACCGGUAGUAGGUCAAGUCAACCAAUAGAGCUGUCCUGAAAUAUGCUUGGAUAUUCAUGUUUUUGUCCUUUCCACUCUUGCAGAACAAACAUGGGAAACUACUUACCCAACCAAAAUCCUUGAGCUGAUUUCCUUCCCAAUUGCUCCAGGUCCAAGACACUGUUAAGCCCACCUCUCACCUUUCCAUAAGCUCCUCAUGAACCAUACAUCUGUCUCCCACUGACCUCCUGUACUUCCUAGAAAUCUCUGGAUCAUGCCCAGCACCUCAUCUCUAAGCCAAACUGAACCUUUUUCCUCUCAGAGCAACCUCCACCUAUUAAGACAUUAAGAUAUCAAUAUAACAAUUUCCAAAUAUGAUUGCCACCAAUUACAUUCCAGUUCUAACCCCUGACAUUUCUACCACAGAUACUUAACCAACCAACCACGUUUCCUUACAAUAAAAUUUCUAAAACUGAGUCCGGUCUGAGUUCUCUCCGAAUGUGGGUCUAAAAGUGAAUCAGAACAUGAUGGACUUAUGCAAACAAAAAAUCAUGUUUAUGCCACCAGAAAAAUGACUACUUGCAGUUCAUCUCUGGUUUACAACCCAACUUAAUGCAAUGAAUAACAAAGAGGCAGGGACAUGUCACCAUCAAUCAUGCUGUUAGGCUGGAGUAAUUGGGUUUUUAGGCUUUAAACAUAACUAAACAAAAAAAUCUAAGCCUGACUUCUGUAUAAAGUUAUGAGAUCCACAAUAUGGAUUGAAGAUCCAGUAGCAAUUGCAUUUUACUUGUUACAUAUGUAAUAUCUCUGGCCAAUAAUGGAUUAUGACUCAUCAUUUGAAAGCCACCUCAAAUAAUAAGUCUGCAAGAAAAAGAUUUAAAAUGUCUGUUCAAAUCAUUGUGUAAUCAUCAAGACAUCUUAAUUAGGUGAUUUUACUGUGAUGGACUCAGUUUAGCAACACUAUUGGAUUUGUACCUCGUGAACAAGAAGGCUGCAGCAGACAAAGUUUCAUUAUGCAUCAAAAAGCAAUUCAAAUUAUCCUCUUGCAAUCUCUGUGGUUUCCUGAAAGGAGUUCCUAAUGUUGGAUUAUGUUUAGCUCAUAGAUUGAAUCUCAUUUCAGGGCAAAUGUGGACACUGAUGGAUUUGCCUGUAGUGAUGUGAUUGGCCUCCCUGAUAUAAAUCAAAGCAGUAUUUUGCUGUUGUACCUGGAAUUUAGUUUGAUUAGAGACCCUGUGCCUUGGAAUCUAUGGGAAAGAGAGCAUUGGAGUUGUCUACAGAUCACUACCCAACAGUGAGGUAGAGGACUUUGUGGAGUUUUGUCUGGCAAACAUCUUAAAUGUUACACGGAGCACUAAAAUUGGCAUAGCAAAGUUGUCUUUUAAAAAAAGGAGAAUAAAUAUUGUGUGACAAAUAACUGAGGAUCACAUUACACAGCCUUCUGGGAAAGUUCACUCUAAGGUACUGCAGAGAAUGAACAAACACAUUUUUGAAACCGUGAAUUGGAGAGGUGUUGCUUUGCUUGUGACCUUUCUCUGCCAGGUUGCCAGGGUGCACCUUAGAGACAGAAUGAUGAGACGCUGCUCAUCUGGAUUCAGAUGAAAAGGCCUUGCAGAACUCCCUGGUAAAAGAGAUAUUGUAUAUCAAUGGGACUUUUCUGGUUGAAUACAGUGGAUAUAAAGGUCUACACACAGUCAGAUUUUCACGUUUUUCUGAUGAAAAAACGACCACAAAAAGUUGCAUUUCCUACGAAAAUUGAGUUUUGACAAAGAUAGACUCACCUCCACUCCCUGGCCAUCCUAUGACUCCACCGUGCGUCUCUCCUCCAUCCAAUCAGCGUCAGAUCCGCAUGUGUCUUCAAUCAAUCAUCCUCUGAGGCUUCGCUUUUAAGGACCUCCAGUCAUGGAUUCCCCGCUCUUCAGCUGAGCUUCGACCCUCAUCUUUGUUAUGAGAUUCUGCACCUGGUACGCAGUGGUGCGAUGGAGCUUGACCCCAAGUUCUUGGCCACUGAAAUCCACAUGUCAGAUGUGAACUGGGGACCUGUGUCGAAGUCAGGUCCAGAUGCACACCAAACCAAGCCACCCAGGAGGAGAUGAAAGCCCAAUUAAUAUCCACCGAAAUUGUCGAUAACAAAGAAACCACCUCUGGCCACUGGGUUGUCCUGUCCACCAUAGUCAGGAGAUGGAUGAAACUUUGAGAUGGGUUUGCAUAUUCCUCUGGCUAAAAUCUUGCAAAUCCCUGUGGAAGAAUUUAUUCUACCGUAAUAACUUUUGCCCACAAUUUCAAAAAGCUGAGGUUUUGAGGUUGUUUGGUCCUUACCUUGCAUGAGGUGUACAACGGAAGUCAACCUCACUAGCCACCAGGACCAAAAAAUGUAAAAAGACCACAUACACUCACGCGUUCUUCUGCCUGGCUAAAAGAAAGGACAGUGAUAUCCCAACCGCAGCAGCAAAAAGAACGCUUGAAAGGGCAGGAUUAGGGGAAAGGAAAAUCACAUUCCCAGAUAAAUACUGUGGUGCAUCUGACUUUUCUGAUCACAUGGAGUUGAACUUUCCACAACUGAAGUACUGUGGUGGGUUUCAACACCUGCGGAGCCGGGGCUCUACAAGGUCCAAGGUCUUGGAAAUCAUUCCUUGCCCACAGAAUGGGUAUACUCCAGAGGGCCUGUGUAGCAAAGAACUUGGAGUGGGAGCAGCUGUGAUUUACAUAAGGCCACUCCAAAAAGAUAUUGACAUGCAGGAUCCUCCCAGUUUGACCCUCACUCCUCAAACAACUGGACCACUGGUGGAAUGUGUCUACUGUGCAGAGAUAUUUAGCUUCUCUGAGAUUCAAGGCCACAAUGACUGUUGUGAAAGGAAAAAUAACUCAGAUUCAACUGCUGAAGAAACCCUUGAGAAUACCCAGGCAGGAACCUCAGCUGCUGCUAGCUCAUCAAGCAACCAAAAUCCACUUGAAGAAAAUCAAAGUAGUAGCUCUGAAGGUGAUGCAGCUAUUGGAGAUGGUGUAAAACGGCAUUUCCUGUCUAUAGUAAUGGAAAAAAUCCAGUUUGGUUUCAACCUUGACUUUGAGAACACUGGCAGAACUCUUCUGUUCAAUGGGACAGGCGAUCACAAGGUCCCAUCCACUUCCAAAGCCCUGAUUGAUGGAGACCUUUUCCGAGUAGCUGGACGUGCCAUAGGACAUUCUUUUAUUCAUGGAGGCCUUCGAUUGACUGGACUGAGUCCAGCAAUGUUGCAGCUAAUUGUUGGAAGUAAUCAGGAGUUUGCUGCACUUGAGCUUGCUGACUGCCCUGAUACAGAUGUCCUUGAUAUGACCAUCUUGAAAAGGAUCAUCUGGCCAAUGCCAGAUAGUGAGGAUGAGGAUGACCACAGCAACGUGGAGGAGACAUGCCUGGUGACAGGCUUUUUGAGAGAUUACAUUGAAAAAGGGUCUUCUCAGGAACUACAACAACUCCUGAAGUUCUGGACUGGUUGGAGUAUACCCCCCCAGCACCUUUAUGUUGAAGUAUCUCCAGAAAUUACUCUGCCAGUCGCUUCAACCUGCCUCACAACGCUGAAACUCCCACUGAAGUGCCAAAGUUACCAGGCAUUCAAAGAAAACCUGGAAGCAUCUGUGAGAUCUAGAGUUUGGGUUUGGAAUGAUCUGAGAUCUGCUUUAAAGCAGAGGGAAGAAGUUCCUUAAUUGAUCCCCAUCGCUGAGAAGCAUUACACGAAUCCACCAGAUAAUUUCCACUGGAUGCUCCAAGAGCCCCAAAGCAGCAAGAGAAACCAAAGAUCAGGAACAAUGGAAGCCAUCUAAAGCUGAUGGUGAAAACCUCCAGAAGGGAGAGCCACUGGGUUUUGUGGUCCAAGACGACCACCGGUCAUGGAGCCGACAACACACUGAUGGUACUACAGCUGGCCAUGGCAGAGUUUAGUUCCUUUAUUUGUUGGUUAAUCAAAAAUCUAGCCAGGGUUAAAAAUGAAAUAAUAAAGGCAUACAAGAGUUGAAAAACACAUUUAUGGCACCCCUUGUGAGGAAAUUUAAAAUGGCUUAAAAUAAAUGCAUUGCAGCAGAAUAAUCUUACUUAAUUUAAAUACAUUUAUCCUGUACGAAAACAAUUCCAUACUACAAAAAAUAAUUGUUUUUGUACCCAGGUUCCCUUACAGUGUUUCUUUUGGGACUCGGGAUGAUUCUUUUUUUUUUGGCUAGAGAAUAACUGAUGAAGACCAAAGUAGAGCGAGUCCAAAG